AUGGAAGUAAACAAUGAGGCAUCGACUCUCAUUGUCCAAAAGGAGUACGCCCAAGGAAUGGAGACACUGCAAACAGGCCUGAGGCAGCUUCAAGCAUAUCUGGUGCAAAUGUCUCAGUUUUCUGGUGGCAGUAGUGGCGACGUCUGCUGCGCCUCUCUGGAUUCAUGGAUGUAUCCUGCGGUGGAAGCUCUCCAUAAUGAAUCUGGCUGUGGUCCUACAGCCUCCUUCUUUGUAUACCGACGACCUCUUGUCGUCCCACAAUUGACAAUUGGCACAGUCAGGGCAAAUCCUGAAAACAGUUCCGCCACAGGAGAGCGCACCAGUCUUUUGGUUGCAAUGCUCUUCAACUAUGGACUUGCUUGCCAUUUGUCUCACCUUGAUCAUGAAGGGAAAUUGAACGAUGGAUCUCUAUAUCAGAGGGCUAGUCAGAUGUAUGAUCUUGCGAUAUCAAAUCUUCGUCGCUUGGCGGCUUCGAAGUUGCCUGGAAGCAGGACCAUAAUCUCAUCCAACAUUCAAUUCUUCCGAGCAGCCAUGAACAAUCUGGCAAUCUGCGAGCAAACGCGGUAUGUCCUCCUCGCACGGGAUGAAUCCUGCUCCUUGGAUAUUCCAUUCAAUAAGGGCUUUGAACGACUGCGAGAACUCUUAAUGCAGUAUCCAUCCUCUAAUGACGCUCCCGAAAAAGCGUUAUGGGAUUGCUACCUGGCAAACAGUUUGCAAGUGAUGGGCUCAUUUCAACCCAACUUCUGCGCAGCAGCAUGUUGA